GCCAUUCAUUCAUCUUCCAUUGUAAAAAAGCAGAAUCGGGACCCUGUUCAGUAAUCGUAUCGCCGUAUUGUGUCGCUUACUCGAAGGAACCAGACGAUGGGAGUCGCACCAUCAAACUUCUUACAUAGAACAGCUGGCGUGGCCAUCAGGCUGGCUGUCGUGUUCCUCUUCAUAAUAGUCGUGGCUCUGCGCUAAGCUUGCACCGCUCUGUCGCCGCCCGCAAACCUGUCGCGCAACUUUAAAACGACUGUUUGUAACAGCAAAUCAAAAUGAACGACUCUACGUAUACCGCGUGAAAACGUCAGUCGUAAGCCGACGCACUGCAGUGACACCUCCCGAUACGCAGCCACUAGCCAGACACGUCAUCAGUCAAUAGGGAGUCUCAUGUUGUACCAGGAUUGAAUACAAUUUUAUUUACUGUAGGAUAAACAGGUAUCAAUUUAAGGUAACCUACCCCACAAACUUUAUUUUACAUUUUUGGUAUAAAAAGCAAGUACGUCUCAUAGUAUAACAGGUAGCGCGAGGGCCCGCGUGGCUCUCGUGUGGCUCACAGCUUAGUGUGUAGCUCUCUGUAAUUAGGAGGCUUGCAUACUUGUUGUAAUAAGAGCCGUGCUGAAGCCGCUCUGGGGUUGAGGGGGAGAGGGCCUGCAAUUAGCCGCGAUUAUAGUUAUUAGAGCGGCGGCGGCGUGCCGUACCGGGCCGCGUCCGGCCGCGAACGUGACGCCUUCACACGAACGUGGCGCGCAACCCGCGACCUGCAGCACCGAGCCAUUACCUGUUGCAUUCCAACUGCUAGUGCUGUACAUAAACAUAUUAUAAUAGGGUGUACUUACAAUUACUUUCCAGAAUUCGUGUCAAGCAAUAUCUUUUAAGACAUGCGACAAUUCAUGACAUCCAUGCUAUUAUCACGGUGACAACUAGUCAAAGUUGGUUGCUUCAAUCAGGGGCAUGGUAACAAGAGAAACUAUCUGCACUUUACCAGUAACAGUUCCAAGGACACCAGGAUACAUUUAAACAACGCUAAUGAUUUAUUAGUGAUGUUAUAAUGAUGAUAUCUUAUUUUGUUGGCUUCUAUUUUUUGGUAUCUUAAUUUUAUGAAAAAAAAUAAGUUACGAUUUGCCUACUUGAUAGCAGAUUAGAAUUUAGCGAGGAAGUCCUCUAGAAAAAUUGUGACUAUUUAAUUAUAUUACGUGAACUAUGAUGACUUACUUGACACGGAUGACUCCCGACAGGCUCGGAGGGUUAGGCGGGGAGCUCCGACAGGCCGCCCGGGCACCUGGGCGGUGGCGGUGUGCGGACUUGUGGAGUCCGCGAUCACUACUGCAGAGGUGGUGUGGUGUGCGUGCGAGGACCGCGCUCACAAUACCACGUUUCCGAAGACCAAUUGUACAUGAAUUACAUGUUAUCACAAAAAAAUUGCCAAUUAUUUGCUUAGCUUUGUGUACACAGUGAUGGCGGUCGGGCAAAGUGUAAUCAGUCCUAAUUAUAGGAGCGGCUAAUGAGCAGUGUGCCCUCACCGUGUGCCUCCGUAUCCGGAGACUGGCGGUGCCUACCUAAACACUGUGUAAAGGCCGGCACGCCCCUCAUGAGCGGUUUUUUCUUAGAAAAUUAAGUAUAUUUUUGACUCAAUUAUAGCUUUUGUACUCCCGAGCUGUAAACGUUUGUCAAGGCUAAACUGCGACUGAAUUGACUCAUUAUCCGAAAAUUAACGUGAUGUCAAUGUAAUACUAUAUACAUUAACUUUUUGGAAAAAACCAUCAAUUUACUAAGAGCCUGACGCGCCCGGUGUGGUGCUGGCCUUACUUGUCUCGUUGCUAACAUGAACUGAUAGGCGCAUGUACCAUGACAUGAGUGAUACAACGUUUUCAGGGUCUACUAGACCUCGUGAUAAAAAGCGGCUAAACAAACAUACAAUUGAAGAAUAAUAGACGGUUACAAGGUGUGUGUUAAGUGGGAGGCGGUCCUCCCCCUCGAUGGAGGCAGGCUGCGGCGGCGGGUAUAUGUGUGUCGCGCGGCGGCGGCCGGCACAGCUGAGCACGAUGAGCGCGGUGCUGCGCGCGGUGGUGCUGCUGAGCGCGGCGGGCGCGCUGCUCGCUGACGUCAACGUCAUGAAGGACGUCACGCUCGGCUUCGGCCAGGCGCUGGACAAGUGCCGCCAGGAGUCGCAACUAUCGGAGGAGAAGAUGGAGGAGUUCUUCCACUUCUGGCGCGACGACUUCAAGUUCGAGCACCGGGAGCUGGGCUGCGCCAUCCAGUGCAUGAGCAGGCACUUCAACCUGCUGACCGACUCCAGCCGCAUGCACCACGAAAACACCGAGAAGUUCAUACAGUCGUUUCCCAACGGUCAGGUGAUAGCGCGGCAGAUGGUGGAGCUGAUCCACGGCUGCGAGAAGCAGCACGACCUGAAGGAGGACCACUGCUGGCGCAUCCUGCACGUGGCCGAGUGCUUCAAGCAGGCGUGCGUGGACCGCGGCAUCGCGCCCACCAUGGAGAUGAUGAUCACCGAGUUCAUCAUGGAG